AUGAUCCAUCUGGCAGCCACAUUCUGGCAGCAGGGAAAAUAUGCUCAGGCAGAAGAGCUGGAAAUACAGGUGCUAGAGGGAAGCCAAAGGAUAUUGGGCACUAAACACCCUGACACAUUGACUGCCAUGGCCAGCCUGGCACUCACAUUUUGGCGGCAGGGGAAAUAUGACCAAGCAGAAGAGCUAGGUGCACAGGUGCUAGAGGAAAGGAAAAGAAUAUUGGGCACUGAGCACCCUGACACAUUGGCUGCUAUGGCCAAUCUUGCAGGAACAUUCUUGCUCCAGGGAAAAUAUGACCAGGCAAAAGAGCUGCUAGCACAGGUGCUAGAUAGGAGCAAAAGGAUAUUGGGCACUGAGCACCCUUACACAUUACUUGCCAUGGCCAACCUGACAGUCAUAUUUUGGCACCAAGGAAAAUAUGACCAAACAGAAGAGCUAGGUGCACAGGUGCUAGCGGAAAGGAAAAGGAUAUUGGGCACUGAGCACCCUGACACAUUGACUGCCAUGGCCAAUUUGUCAUCCAUAUUUUGGCUGCAGAAAAAACAUGACCAGGCAGAAGAAUUGCAAGUACAGGUGCUAGAUAGAAGCAAAAAGAUAUUGGGCACUGAGCACCCUAACACAUUACUUGCCAUGGCCAACCUGGCACUCACAUUCUGGCAGCAGGGAAAAUAUGACCAAGCAGAAGAGCUUGGGAAAACAGCUUUGGAUAUGAGAAGAAAAAUAUUGGACUCUAAGCAUCCAGACACAUUAAACUCCAUGAAGAUACUGGCAACAAUUUGGUAUGCCAAGGGAGAUAUUGAUGCAGCCAUUGACCUCAUGGUUCAAGCAGGCAACCUGCAAACAAAGGCAUUGGGCCACAAUCAUCCAGACACAAUUAAUACUCAGGAGUGGAUCAAUUCUUGGAAGGGGGUAGAGGAAGGGUCUGCACCCAAAGCAGUUAAUGAUGUAAGCCAUUCAGUAAUCUAA